AGAUCAGACAAUGGAUAACACAUUACAUGACCAUCAAGAUGAUCCCAGCACCUGGAAUAACAAAAAGAAAGGAAGAGGAGAGACAAUCAAAAACCAAGGACAACAUCAGGAUCAAACCUUGCCAAACAUUUCUCCUCAAGGACGUGUGCGGCUCUAUUCGGAGUCUCAGGUGUAUACGGUCAGCCGCUGGCAGGAAGCAGAGCCCCAGGAUGGAGCAUUGGUGGAGGAGAACGGGGGAUUGAGAGAUGCACUUCCAUUCAGAGGUCGUUCUCAGUCUGCUCCUGCUGCGCUGUGGAAAGCAAAGAAGUACGGACGGCAGCUGAGGAGGAUGAGCGAUGAAUUUGACACAUGGCUUGACAAAGGAGAAGUCAAAAGAGUGAACAGCCAGAAACAGACCUACCGAGGAUGGUUCUCAUUCCUCUGGAGUCCCAAAGAAGAAGAGGGCAGAGAAUGAAGUAGUCUUGCUUUAACAAUGCUUUACACACCAUUAUAACAGUUACCAGACAGCUGCUCUCAGAUGAAGGCUGAUGUGAUCACCAUCAUGGCCUUUUUGUAAUUGAUGUGCUCAAACUAGUGCAAAAACGGUCAUCUGAGAGAAUGGGGGAAAAAAUGCUGUAUCACAAUUCACCACUGCAAUAACAUAUGUUUAAUUAAAGGUAUUGUCAGUGUUUCUUCAAUUUGACAAUCUUAAAAGGGACAAUCUCCUAAAAUGCUACAAUUUAUUGGAGAAUCUUUCAAAAAGAUUCUUUUUUUCUGAUUCAAAAAAUGAAACUCUAUUAAAAAACUAUUUAUUGAUAUGUAUUAAAUUCAUAUUUGACAAAGAAAUGUGUUCUAAGAUGUAUUUUAUAGAUGGAUAUAUAGAUGUGCGUUUUGUUGUACUAAAGGCUGGAGCGGUUGCUUGCAAAAUGUAAAUAUAAUUCAAGAACUGUGACACCGGAUAAAGUAAGUUGUGAAGUACAGGUCAGUGAUGGUAAUGAUAAUACGGGUAAAUUUAUUUCAGUUCAUUUUUGCUACAUCUCAGGUUUGUUUGUUUUUUAAUGCCAGACUUGUGGUGAAUAACUAGUAAGAUUGGAUGAAAUCAUUUGUUCUGCCAUCUCUUUUAUGCUGACUAUACUUGGAAAUGUCACCAGGAAAACAAUUCCUCACUGCCUUUCAUGUACAUAUCUCCCCUUUGUAGAGUUGUCUGUAGUCUCUAUUGGAUUGUUUUCUUUUUAUAUUCCAUCUGCUUUUCUUGUAUGUAAAACAACUGUCAGUUUCUGCCAAACUUGUGGGGAGGCAAAUAUGUGCAGAUGGACAAGUUCUGUUUCUGUACUAUCAGCCUUGCCGAUUCUUUCAUUCCUUUUUUAAGCUCCUUGUACAUAUUUACACUUGUUAACAUAGAUUGAGUGGUGGAUGAACUGUUGAAAUACUUUUCAAACAAUCACAAGUUUUUAACAUUUUUUUCCUAUAAUUUUGUGGUAAAAAUAAAAGAUUUUCUGGCUGAA